AUGGGGCGGGGUGAGUGGAGGACUCGAAGCCUUAUUGGCUGGAAGCGGGAAAUAGAAGUGGGAGGGGGAGGUGAGGACGUGUCCAAAGGAGAGGCCGGCCAGCUGAACAUUCAUGAUGAUGAUUGCAUUCUUACUGUGGACUCCAGCAGCGAUGAAGAAUUUGAGCCCUGUGUGACCAGAAUGAACACUCAGAAUGGGAACUCGGACUGUGUGGUGAUUGACUUGGUGUCCGAUGACGAUGAGGAACACUUCCCCGAGGAAGAUGGAAAUGAGAUUCUGGAAGUGUUAUGUGAUACUGACAAGUUUACGGGCCAGGAGCUCCCAAUAAUCAUCAGUGAUGAUGAUGAUGAUGAUGAUGAUGAUGAUAGUAGUGAUGUGGAGAUGGAUGUGAUCAUAGAAGACGAUACAGCUGAUGAGGGCCACAUUUUCUCAGUCGAAAAGGAGAUGGAGCAGUUUGCUCUCUCCGAGUAUAAUUCAUCUGAUGUUACUGGUGAAAAUCUCUCCCAACCACCAGAUGUGGCUGAGAUUGAAGUAGAGCUUUCAGAUAUAAAUAUAUCGGAUGCAGAGCUUGAACCUGUGGAGGAACAACCAAGGAAAAGAAAAUGUAAAACCAAAAAUAUAUGUACAACACCUGCUGUUAAAGGACGAAAGCAGCUUCAGUCUUCAAAGAAGAAGCCCAGAGCAGUGUGUGCUAAGAAGCUUGAGACUAAACACACUGAUUGCAAUAUACCUGGAUGUUUCUUUCGUGACAUUGAAAAGCAAAAGCAGUAUUCUGGAAGGAACUUCAAAAGAAACAAGGAUGAACUGGUUCAGAGACUGUAUACCCUGAUUAAUGAAACUAUCUUUGGUAACAAGCUGCCCGAGAGACUGGACAUCCGCUGGAAUAAAAAGAUGCUGAGAACCGCUGGCCUGUGCAGCUCCGGCAGACAUCAUUACCCGAAAGAGCGCUACACUAGGAUUGAGAUUUCCAUAAAGGUCUGCGACUCUGCAGACCGAAUCCGGGAUACUUUGGUCCAUGAAGUAUGCCACGCGGCCUCUUGGCUGCUGGAUGGCAUUCGUGAUUCUCAUGGCGAUGCAUGGAAAUACUAUGCCAGAUUGUGUAACAUGGUGCACCCUGAGCUGCCCUUGGUCACCCGUUGCCAUAACUACAAGAUCAACUACAAGAUUUAUUAUGAGUGUUCUCGGUGCAAAACCAGGAUUGGGCGCUACACCAGAUCCUUGGAUGUCCAGCGCUAUGUGUGUGCCGAAUGCAAGGGGCGGUUGGUGGUGCUGCCAUUAACUCGGAAAGAUGGCACCCCCAUAAAGCCCCAUGUGAGACCAUUUGCCAAGUAUGUGCAGCAGCAUUACAGACCGGUUAGACAGCAGACCGCAGGCAUCGACCAUGGGGAUGUGAUGAGAACCCUCAGCAAGGAUUAUUUUAUCUGUAAACAAAAGCAAAACCAAAACCAAAACCAAGACCAAAAUCAAAAUAGUGGAGGUAACUGA